AUGAGAUUUUGGGCGACAUCUAAUCACCCUUCUUCACGCAGCAAUCGCAGCAAUCGCAACCGCAUUCGCAUCCUUUGCACUGGCAGUGACCAGGCGAACAGCUGCAUUUCCCUCCCGCUUUACAGCCGUCACAACACACGCAUCCGUCACCACCACAAGCUGAAAUGUGAACAAGAUAUGAAUGAAAGCCUAACAGUAGGAUGCAAUUAUCCAGUGACAAUCAAAAGCGAACUCAACGACGGACUCCACCACUCACGUUUCAUUCACGCUUUCAAAAAACACUCAACUGAAUCUCUAGUUUAUGAUCUUCCUCAAGUGAAUGUGCUGCACAAAUGUUGCCUCAUGUUUCAGUUGGUACUAUAUUCGAGAUAUCGAAGUAUAGCUUCAUAA